AUGCGUUUUCGACUUUCCCUUUUAUUAUUGAAGUUUCAUCUAUUGUUAGCUUAUGAGUUUAAAGAGAGCUGCUUGGAUGGAUCAGAGCCAGAAAAAGACUCAAAGAAUCACGCUUUAUGGUGUACAAUGGAUAGUGAAUGCUCAAAUGGAAGAAAAUGUCAACCAACCGGGCAAACACAUUUUGGGACUUCGGUUGGAUAUUGCUGUCUAACAAAAGCCCAGCGUUGCUCACUUCAAAUCAAUCCCGGUUACGGUGAUUGCUUUAAGCCAUCGGUGCAACGAUUUUACUUUGAUCCAAUCGAGCUUCGAUGUAAAUCUUUUAUGUUUGUCGAUUGUGUCGGUGGGAAUGAUAAUCGAUUUGAGACGCUACAAGAAUGUCAACGAUUUUGUGAGAAUACAGCAUGCAAUGACGGGGAGACAGUUCAAAUGGUCCAAGGAAAUGUGAAAGUUUGCAAUGUCGAGGCUCAAGAUUGCCCAAAUGGUUUCCAUUGUGCUUAUGAUGUUCUCUUCCGGAAACAUGUCUGCUGUGGACAUCCAAAAAGAGAAACUUGCCCAUCCGGUCAUCUUGCUUAUCUUGAGCCAGGAUCACAGACGGUUCGAACUUGCCAACCGACAACCGUGUCAGACAAUUGCCCAUCGGAUUUCUUUUGUGUCAGUCAAGGACCAAUUGGCUACUGUUGUACACCGGAAAAAGAUGUUUGUCCACUUGGCCAAAAAGCGUAUCUUCAUCCAGUUUCCGGGAAAUCUUUAAAGUGUGAUCCUUUACUUUCUCCUAGUACUUGCCCGACGAAGCAUUAUUGCGUGGCUACCGUGCCUGGGGCUCGAUGGGGAGCUUGCUGUGAUGAAAAGUUGACACCCACUUGCCCGGAAAACACAAAACCCUAUUUGGACUCGAUUUCUCAGCAACCGGUGAUAUGCACCGUUGGAGUUACCUCGUGCAAUGAUGGUUAUCUCUGCCAAGGCCUUCAUCCAUCUGAUCUCAUCGGCUUCUGUUGCACGUUUGCGCCAAAAUCCACUCAACAAAUCCUCACUGAGAUGCAAUCGCAUCAAAGCUCGAGAAACAGCACAAAAGCUUUGGAAACUACAACACCAAAACCAACUGCAACAAAGUCGCGAGCAACGAACCCGAUUUUUUUGAGUCAACACGAAUCAGUUCACACUCUUAGAAAUUCUAUGGAGAAUUCGGUGUUUGAGGAAGAGAUUCCAAUGAAAAGGAUUAUAGAUCUACAAAAGGAAAUCGAUGCCGAGACGAGCAGGGAAACGAAACCAUCGUUUCCAAUAGUCAGUGCAACUGUGAGACCACAACAUGUGCAUCAGCCCUUCAAAUAUCUUGAAUGCCCCGGUGACUCUCUUCCCGUUUUCUAUCCAGGCACCCAGCUUUUAAUGGAAUGUUCCCCGACAAUUAAUAGAGGAUUUGAAUGUCCAGAAAAUUCUGAAUGUGUUUUGGCACAAAACGAUCUCUUUGGUCGCUCUGUGUGUUGUUCCCCUGCUGAAGUGCCAACAACUGAGCUCUAUUUCGAGCGAACCACUCCAUUGUCGAGAAUUUUAAUGCCAGACAGUGAAGAAAGCUUAGAAUAUGGAAGAAACACUUUUGGACAAUAUGGACAAUUCGUUUAUACAGUUACUUUAAAAGCUCCGGAUGUGGAUACAGAAAGGACUUUGGAUCCAUUUUGUCCACGAAUCGUUCGCAAUCGAAAAUGUUCUCCAGGCGGUCACGAUGCUUGUCCUGAGUACAAAUUCUAUUGCCAAUAUAAUAUUCAAUUUCGUGAUUUUCGUUGUUGCUCUUUGGAAUCAAAUUAUCGAAAAUCU